AUGCCCCGGCCGAAAGUCCGACCGGAGGACCGCCGGCGGUCUGUACGGGCUUGUGAUACCUUCUUUGUUGGCAAUACGGCCGCUCUAUCCUUCCACCAGUUUCUUCGCAAGAUAUUGAAGCGCUAUGCUGGGCCCUCUCAUUUUACUGAGGGCCAGCAGAGCCGGCGCAUGUUAGAGAUAGAGAUCCCAGAAAACGUGGAUGCAAUCUUUGCUGAUGACAUUGGAGAUGAAGACAAGCGAUCAUUGAUUCAAUGUUUCCUUGAUGUCUCGUGUGGGCUUCUUGACCUCUUCACAGAGCAAGAAAUAGAAAAACUUCUAAUGCUUGCUCAACAUGCUAGAGAUAAUGGCCUCGCCGAGAUCAGAGGGACCUUGAGGGAGGACUUAGCCUCGUUCUAUGCCAUCAUUGCCAUCGGUGCUCAAUGUCGCGGCAGGGAUGACAAUGACCGCAUCAUUGCUGCAAGAUACUUCUCAAAAGCACGUCACAUAUCGUUUGAGAGUAUGCUCCAGGACCCUACGACAAAUAUGGCCCGCGUAUUCCUGCUGAUGGCAUUUUUCAUGUUUGGGGCUUGUCGGCGCAAUGCAGCUUUUAUGUUCAUUGGUGUAGCGUCUAAAGCAGCUGUGGUCUUAGGUCUGCAUGUCUCAGGGCAGUACAAGUACUUGUGCCCUGAGGAACGUGAUAUGAGGCAUGUCAUACUUCCCGUAACUGUUAAUGUCAGAGAUCCUAACAUCUUUUUCAGACUGCGCACGGGAAAGAGCAUUCGAGCAUUAGAUUUGGUUUGCAGCUCAAUCUUGGGCCGCCCAGGGAGCACACUCUCCCUACGUGCUGACGAUGUCUAUGCAAGUGAUCUCAACCCAGAGACCACCGGACAUCGCGCUGUUGCUCUCAGUGCUACUUACGAGGCAUCGACAGUAUUGGAGACUAUUGUCCACAAGGCUGCACACGACAGCAACAUGGAUGCGGAUACCGCCGAGAACUUCCUGCAGAUGCUGCGUGAAUGGAGUCAGGCAUUACCACCAGUGCUGCGCCAAAGGUCUCGUAAAGACCAAUCUACCCUCACACCAUCACAUCGUGAAGCGACGAUUGGCAACAUACAUGUGGCUUGCACGUACUACUUUGGCGUCAUAUUGACGACGCGACACUUCCUCAUACAGCACUGCAUGCCACUUCUGCGGCGGAGACCGCAACAAGAACCUGGGGCACGAGAGAGAUCAGACUCAACAGCUGAGAGCAACAAGGUCUCUGAGUUGGCCCAUGUCUGCAUAGAUGCUGCCGUUUAUAUGGCUCAGAUGUGUUCUGAGGCAGCGGAAUCAGGCAUCCUGCUCGGCAACAUGUGCAUACUCAAGGCAUGGUUAUUCGCAGCCGGCCUGAUCCUGGGAUUCUGCCUAUUGUCGGAUGACUCGGCCAAUGCCCAAACUAGGGAUGCCUUCGACGGGUCAUGCCGUGUGCUGGGCUGGCUCGCCAGAUUAAGCCCUCAAGCCGCACAGUAUCAUGAGAUACUAACAAGCUUCUCCAAUGCUAUUGAGACAUAUAGAGCUAAGCUCGCACGAGAUCAGCAGCGGUCCAAGGUGCCGUAUGUCGAAAAGAUUCUGUCACUAGAUUCUUCCGGGACCAACACUCCGCUUCUGCCUGGUCAAAUCCCAGUGACAAUGAUGGACGGCGUGAAUUCUAUGAUAUCGGCUCCCGACAGCCAGGACACCGAGACCACCCCAAGUUCGUGGUCGGACAUCCUGAGCGCACAAGGGUUGCUUGAUUUCCCCGUCCCAGCUGGUGAAGACGAUAUGCUCAAUCUCUUUUGGGAUGGGUACGCAAUGAACUUUGGCGAUCCUCUCACAGGAGGCCUCGCAUAG